UUAUAAUCGAUAUCACAGUCUCCGUUUCGGCCAUCACUACGCUCGACCUAUUUUCAAAGAAAAAAGGCUAUAUUUUGCGAAAAACAGCCCGAACAAACAGAAAAACACCCGCUUUAUUAGCCAAAUGUGCGCAAAAUGAAAGUAACAAUUAAGUCAUGGACUGGAGUUGCAACUUGGCGUUGGAUAGCGAAUGACGAGAACUGCGGUAUCUGUCGCAUGUCCUUCGAGAGCACUUGCCCGGAGUGCGCGCUGCCCGGUGACGACUGUCCCCUGGUGUGGGGUGUCUGCUCCCAUUGCUUCCACAUGCACUGCAUCGUCAAGUGGCUGAACCUGCAACCGUUGAACAAACAGUGUCCCAUGUGCCGCCAGAGCUGGAAGUUCAACGUGCACUAA